UACACCUACAACUUCCGGUUAUGAAAAGUGCGGAAAAGAAUUCGACAUAUUUUCGAAAAAAUCUUCGAUAAAACAAGGAUGGUGCACUUAAACAGCGACCAAAAUCCAUAGUUAGUAGGCAUGUAGGCAGCUUAUUACGCCUUUGCAGUUUCAACACACAGCAGUGUUGCUGCCAAUGUCCCACCAGACAGGAUGAGUGAGGAAGACGGUCAGGAAUGGCUGUACGACUUACUGACCGAGGUCCAGCUCGAACAAUUCUACACCAAACUUAGAGAUAACCUCCAGGUCACCAGGUUAACACAUUUUGACUAUGUCAAAGGAGAAGAUCUGGAGAAGAUUGGCAUGGGGAAGCCUGCCAUCCGACGCCUUCUGGACACCGUCAAACGAAAAAGGACCACAAGGAAGUCACGCAUUCUGGAAAAGAUUUUGCCGAGUAGCAAAGUUUCGGAGAAGUCCAAUGGCAGUAAUAGUAAGAAAACAUCUGGGUCCCCGGUCAAGUAUACUGGUGACCACACCCUUACAUGUCUCAUCAACGAGAGGUCACUGGAACUGACGGUCAAGCUUGGCAAUGGAUCAUUUGGCGUAGUCAGAAGAGGUUCUUGGGCAACACCAUCAGGAAAUAAGAAGAGUGUCGCCGUGAAGAUCCUCAGAAAUGAUGCACUGUCCCAGCCAGGAGCCUUUGAAGAUUUCGUUAAGGAAGUGAACGCCAUGCAUAUGUUAGACCACCCGAACCUCAUACGUCUUUAUGGAAUUAGUCUAUCCUGUCCUCUGAUGAUGGUGACGGAGCUGGCUCCAGGAGGUGCUCUUUUGGACAAGUUACGUAAGGAGCAGGAGAAGCUGUUGAUCAGUACUCUGUGUGAAUAUGCCAUUCAAAUCGCCACUGGCAUGAGUUAUUUGGAGUCUAAAAGGUUCAUACACCGUGACCUUGCCUGCAGAAAUGUACUACUUGCAGUAGAAGACAAGAUAAAGAUUGGGGAUUUCGGAUUAAUGAGAGCUCUACCAAGCCAAGAAGAUCACUAUGUCAUGUCUGAGCAGAAGAAAGUACCAUUUGCAUGGUGUGCCCCAGAGAGUCUGAAAUCACGCCAGUUCUCACAUGCCAGUGACACAUGGAUGUUUGGAGUGACACUGUGGGAGAUGUUUACACACGGACAGGAGCCGUGGAUAGGUUAUAACGGAUCACAGAUAUUGCACAAGAUUGAUGUUGAAGAUGAAAGACUACCAAAACCUGAACAUUCCCCGACAGAUAUUUACCAACUUAUCCUGCAGUGCUGGUCCUAUCAGGCGGAGAGACGACCCACGUUUGUGGCACUGAAGGAUUUCCUUACAGAGGUGAGACCACCAGAUAUGAAAGUCACUCAGCCUUUCUGCGAGGUGGGUAAACUGGAGAUUGAAGAAGGGGAUUAUGUUACCAUCAUUGACGGCCGACCAGACUGUUACUGGUGGAAGGGCCAAAACAAGAGGACGAGCAACAUUGGAACAUUCCCGCGUCAGUGUGUGGAUCCCCAGAGGCGUCUCGCUAGUAAUGAUAUCAGUAAACCUCUAAAGAACAGUUUUAUACACACCGGCCAUGGCGACCCAGGGGGCAAGAACUGGGGCGAUCCCGCCAAGAUUGAUGAAGUUUACCUGCGGAACCCUAUGGAACCCCCCGACCUUAACGAAGUUGUCCAGGACGUGAGACCUACACAGCUCCCUAGUCGCAGUAAAAGACCAUUUACCAACCAGUUUAAGAUGUUCAACUAUAAUAAACUGGUAAACGAGGAAUCAGGCAGUGCCUUUAAGCCCACAGCUGUAGGCAAGGCCACUGCCAUAGUAACGGGCACUGCCAGUAAUCCAACCACACCUGCUGGUCACGGAAACACAUUUCCCAGGGCGUCUAAAAGUGUUCCGACACCAGACGAUAAACCCCUGAUUGAUCUGAGUGAUGAACUGGAGGGCACAGAUUCCCAGUUAGGGUUAAAACAGGCUGCACCUAGUACAUUAUGUCUGUUUGAUUCUCUUCUCAACACACCUGGUUCACAGUAUGGCAACCUUGAACUUCAGAAACCUUUAUUAAAUGACAACACAACUGCAGACGAUCCAUUUGAAGUUCAUAAUUCUUUAAAAGUGAUAUUUCCAACAGGUGUACAGAACUCAUCUGGCGGUGUUAAGGGUACUCACAGUGUUAACUCUAAUGUCAAAGAAACUAAUAGCCUUCCAGGAUCGCUGAAACAUAAUCCUACGCGACCAGCAAAACAUCCCAUAGUGUAUAGUCGGACCCAUUCAACAGAGGAAAAGGUUAGUAAUGUGAAAAAGGAGGGGCUCUCAGCCGGAGCACCUCCGCCCCCUCCAAGGGGGAAUAACUCUGGAUGUGAUACAGUGAAAUACAGCUCACAAAGUGCUGCGUUUACUGACCGGACUUACUCUAAUACACCAAAUGAGAAACGUGAUAUGACAAAUGUGCAAUCCAACAGUGAAUUCCCGGAGAAUUUUUCCAAGUCACCUUGCCAUAACGCUUCAGUAUUACCACAAGGUCAGAGUAUCUCCAAGGAAACUAAACAAGUGGGUCAGUUUGACCAAGGAAGCGUAGGUGUAUAUGACAAAGGGAAAAACUCACAAAAGACUGAUAGGGCAUUUGAUUGGUUAAAAGAUGCCAUAAGUAACUUCUCUGUGGCAUCAUCUGACAAACGAUACCCUGGGGUGCCCCCUAUGUAUGACGAUGUACCAGUAGAGGAACAUUACAAUGUCAAUAUAGUCAAACCCAAACCUUGUUUUGCUGGAAUGGUCAACAACACAGGAGUCCAAAGCUCGAUACCCAGGUAUGAUGAGGUUCCAACUGAAAUAGACAUUUCUGACAUCAAACAGCGAGAGCAUUAUGCUCCCCAGAGUACUUUCUCAGAUGCCAUGAGCUGGGAUUCUUUUGAUUCGGACUUUGAUGACGACCCUGUGACUGGUAGUCUCGCAGCUUCAGCACCGGUGGCUGUGACCCAGACUCAACCCCAGCAGGAAUGUGAUGGGGAAGAUGCACCCCCUCCCCUACCCCCCAGGGAUUACUUGUCCAGUAGCCUGGACACGGGGAGGGGAAACUAUUGUACAAAUAAGGACAAACCAAAACCUAGAAUAUUUCCCAUGGUGCAAGAUGGGAAACAACUUAGCCAUACUCAUUAUUUUCUUAUCCCGUCACGGGACGAGAAGAAAGACAAUUAUUCCCCAAACACGGCUGAAGUGAAACCAUUCAUGGUUGAUGGAUGCCAUGUUGAUAGUUCGUUGCAAUAUAAUAAGUCUUCAUCACGCCAUGACUAUCAAAAUCUGACGGAAGUUCAGAUAAGUGCCAAACGUCAUUCUACUGCAAGCGAUGAUUUAUCUUGGACGGGUAUGACAGGACACAAAGCCGUCAACCAGGAUACAGAGUCGCGUAAAUUUUCCCCGAAAAGCAAUAAGGUUAAGAACAAUCCUGGUCCCAAACGCUCUCAGCCACGCUCCAUGCCAUGCCCAAGUUACAACACAUCUGUCGACCCCUGCAUGAUGUCGUCCUCGCCGAGAGAAAAAGUUUUCCAUGUGAUGAACAGUGUCCUUGGUGUGACAGAUGACGAGUGUCACACAGCUCUGUGUCAUUGCCACUGGGAUAUUGACGAGUCGAUCAAGUAUCUCAAGGUCGAACAGCUCUUUAGACUGGGAGUGACCUCACGUACACAUUGUGAGAGUUUACUGAAAGCAUUGAAUUGGAAUUUGGAGCUGGCAAGUUCUGUAAUGCUAGAUGAACUAAAAUCAGCAGUGUCUAUGGAGUCUACAGUAUGAUUUCAAUUAAUGUUGAUAUCUGUUCCAUCUUGUUCCAUUUUGUUUGAGCCUCGUUAGUCAAGCCACUAUUAAUUAACCUGUUUGUCCCGAUGUCCAAUCAGUUCCAGACAGUAAUAUAGAGACAUUUUCAUGUUUUUAAAUCUGUCUGUGUAAUUAGCUGUUUUUUCAUCUAUAAAUCGCAAGCAACGUUGGUCAGAAGUAACAUGGUAUGAUUAACAUGACUCAUUUAUUUAUAUAUAUAUAUAUCAUGCACAUUUACACAUCAUAAAAUGUGAUAUUUUUGCCAUAGAUUCUGCAAAUGUUGUAGGUUAAAAUUUUAUAUAUACAUAUAUAUGAUCCAAUAGAAUAUAUCAUGAUAGACAAAUUGUUGUACAGCACUUCCAUUUUGUGGUUUGGUUUGGUUUAUUUUGUUUAACGUCCUAUUAACAGCUAAGGUCAUUUAAGGUGUGGGCCAAGGUUAUCAAGUUUUGUUCUAUAAAGAACAUUUAAAUAUUUUUAGCAAUCAUGAGGGCUAUUUGCCCUACUGUGUGGAUUUUCUUUCCAAACUUAGACCUGCACUUAUCAAUCCAUUCCAACAGGAACGAUUAAUGUAAACUCUAUAACUUGUUUUUGUCAUAAAAUGAAAAAACAAGAACUUUUCAAAAAUUUUGAUUUAAACUUUAUCCAUAUAACAGCAAAAGUUUAGAUAAAAUUUACGAAGAAUGAUUUUUUUUUGAGACUGGAAGGUAAUAAGUCAUUUGUCAAGCAAUCAAUUGAAAGCUCCUUCAGACUAAAACAGCAAAUUCAAAAAGGUUAUAUAGUCGAUCUUAUUAUCUCAGUCGAGUCAUGAGAUCCUAAGUGUUCGAGGUAACUGAGUGUUUAUAUUGAAUGUUUCCUGUCGAGACUGAACUUUUACUUCCAAGUUAAGCAGUCUUUGAGUUCAAGAUUAACUUUGUGUGACUUUAUUUCCUAUUGUACACAAGGUUAAACAAAGCUAAAACCUUCACAAAUAGAAGUGCUGCACAGUAUUUAUAAACUUCCAUUAAUAAAGAGGCAUUAAUCAAACAAUACAUAAUCAUAUCUAUGGAUUUUUCCAAUUGUAAUAGAACUGUAAAUUUGUUUUUCAAAAUAUGUAAAAAAAAAAAAAAUUGAAGUCAUGCUAUAUAUAGAAAAUCAUUGUACAGAAAAUAAUUACAAUGCAACUCAGAAAAUUGUAAAUGGCAGAAAAAAUUUAAUCAAGAAAGGUUUAUAAUGGAAAGAAACUUGGCCACAUAUUAAAUAUGACAGAGAAUCAAGAAGUUGUUUUAAAAAAA